ACAGAAUUUGACUUUAUUAUCGUACAAUAUUCCGAUUGUUCAUCAUUGUUUGACGCUAAAAUAUUUUUGAAAGUCUCCGGUGAUUUUAUUUUUCUUAUAAAACAAACGAUCCCAUCACGAGUUCUUAUUGGUUAUAGAAAUGGAUUCCACCUCUGAAGUUCUGGAUUCUAUUGAAGAAUUCAGCGAUGAGGGAAAAUUAUUAUCAGAAAAUGAAAAAAUUGCUGUAAAAAGUGAAACUAUUGAAAUCGAUUCCUCCCAGGACAAGGAAACUAUUGAAGAAUCCCGUGAUGAAGGAAAAUUAGUAUCUGAAAAUGGAAAAGUUUCUGUAAAAAGUGAAAAUAUUGAAAUAAAUUCCUCCAAGGACAAGGAAACUAUUGAAGAAUCCCGUGAUGAAGGAAAAUUAGUAUCUGAAAAUGGAAAAGUUUCUGUAAAAAGUGAAAAUAUUGAAAUAAAUUCCUCCAAGGACAAGGAAACUAUUGAAGAAUCCCGUGAUGAAGGAAAAUUAGUAUCUGAAAAUGGAAAAGUUUCUGUAAAAAGUGAAAAUAUUGAAAUAAAUUCCUCCAAGGACAAGGAAACUAUUGAAGAAUCCCGUGAUGAAGGAAAAUUAGUAUCUGAAAAUGGAAAAGUUUCUGUAAAAAGUGAAAAUAUUGAAAUAAAUUCCUCCAAGGACAAGGAACACAAUGAAAGGAUCAAUGAUGAACAAAAUUUACUAUCAAACGACGGAGAAAUUAAAGAGAAAAAUAGAAUUGUUUCAGAAGCAGAAAAGGAUGAUUAUAAUAGGCAAAUCAAACAUAUUAUAUCCGACAUAGAUGUGAAUAUUAGAGCUCAAAUGCAAUUAGCCAAACUAAAGGCAGAAGAACAAAAAUUAAUUGAUAAGCAGAACGAGUUGACGCACCAGAUACAACAACAACAACAAUUAGCUCAGGAGUUAAGUUUACAAAACCAAAUAAAAUUAAAACAACUGGAGCAAAUGCCAGCGGUGGAAUCUAAAAUUCAGCCUAACUUAUUAGAAUGUAAUCCGAAAACUUCAUUCAAAGAUCACAAUAACCCUUUAAAGACUGUUGAUUUGCGGAAAAUAUUUACACCAGCGACUGACACAAAGGAAAUAUUACCAAAAAAUCGAAAACUUUAUGCUUCAUCUGCAUUUUAUUCGCCAACACUACACCCUACUGUGGAAGACCAAGUUGAGCUUGCCAGGAGAAUAUCUUACUCAUUGAGUGAUAUCAGUAACCAAACUUCUAAGGGUCAAUCAAUGUUUGUCAAUCGCAAAAAACGCUCAGUAAAAUGGGUUCAUGAAGGUAGUGCUCAAGAGAAAGAAUUUUUAGACGAUGUUAAAGUUCCAUGUAAGGAAAAUUCGGUCUCGUCAACGGGAUUAACCCACCUGGAAAAAAUACCGCUUAAGCUUAUAAUGAAUCCAAACGGACAAGUCCGAGACUAUGAUUCGCUUAAAGAAUUAAUAAACAUCGAAGCUGGUCUAUUAUCGCCUGAUAAUUGUGCUGAACUAAUUACUGCAUUGCAACUUCACCAAGGAAGAGGGGCUGAAUUGUUCGCAAAACGACGCAAAAAGGCGAAUAAUUGGAUAGUCGAUGAAACCAAUGCGGAAACUCAAUGUCUUCCGUCUGGUAUUCCAGAUUACCAGCAGAAUCAAAUAAGGCCGGCAACGUCUCCCAACAUUUUACCAGCGUAUUCUGAUGCUGGAAAACAUCGAGUCCAGUUAAAUAUUCAUCAAAAUCAGUUAAUUGAAAAAUACUCAAAGCCUGGACUUCAAUUUGUUUCAUCGCCUUGGGAAGCCGCAUUACAAACUGGUUCUGCUAGUUCAGCUUUUUUAGAACCAUGCAAAAACGAAACCAUCGCGACCCCACAUUAUUCAGAAAAUGGAGCUAAGGACUUAAUAGAUAUUUCGCAGCGAACCCAACAUGAUACAUUUGUUACCAAUCAGGGAAUAAGUGAAAAUGUCUCAUCUUUAUCUUCACGUAAUGUCAAUGUACCUCCGAAUACCCAAAGAAAUCUAGCGUAUACCCCAAGUGUUGCUCAGGGCUGGGGUGGUCCUAACGUUAAGCUGCCCAAUGGACUAUUUGUACCCAAAGAAAUAUCAUUAUCCAGUUAUGCACCACCACCAGCGAUAUAUCACAAUCAACAAAAAUUUCAAGCUCCUCGAAUUGUAUGUAGUAAUUCUAAUGAAGAUCAAAACCUAUACAAUAUCAAAAAUGGGUUGCCAUUGAAUGAAAUUGGAUCAAAAAGCUCGAACAAAUAUCAAAAGAUCUUUACUCCCACAAGGUACCAGGAAGUACCAAAAGAAGUGCAGAUCGGGUCUCAAGUAAAUUUCAGUCCUGCGCAAUUGUCUACUGAUAAAAUAUCUCGAUUUGAGAAUGGUGACAAUUCAAGUCAAAAUAGUUGUAUUCAUCAAUAUCUUACAGUUCGGCCAAAAACAAAUGUACGAAAUGCAUCUCCCACUCCCUUUGGGGUUACAAUUAAUAAAUCCGCAACAAGAUCUCCUAGCUCAAUACCUUCUUUUGGAACUACACUCUCUUAUCCUUCAUCUACGACAUCUGCGAAAUGUGGCCAAUUUUAUAACAGCAAAGCUUUGUCACAAUUGCAAAAAGGCCCAACAUCAAACAUCCAAGCUCAUGGAUGGGAAGCUAAAAAAACUCAAGAGGAUUAUUGGUGCUCCCCACAACACCACGGAAAUUUACCGUAUACUGAUUUUUAAAAAAAUCCGAUCUACGAAAUGACUUAAAAAACGUCAAUUACUAUGCUUUCAUAAACAUUUUGUAAUAUCAUUUUUUUCUGGGUAUAUUUAUUAAAGAAACAUGAAUAAUAAAGUUGAUAGAUCAUCGAUCAAUCCAAAA